AUGAGAGCCGUGUGCGUUUGGUUAUGUGUGGUGCUCUGGAUGGGCAGCCCUGCAGUAGUGGGACACCGACUCAACGACUCCUCACUCCUGGGAGAAGGGAUAUGUUCAGACACGGCGCCUUUACUUAACGUUUCGAGGCAGUUGAGUAACCGGACUUCUGGAUUUUUCCUCAUGGACUUUGACGAAGGGAUGCUGGAGGACUGGCGCUCUCUGGCCAACAAGAAGCGCCGCGACGGGGAGUCGCAGGGCGGCGGAGUCAAGGCGCUGCUGGUGGCCGCCUACUUUCUGAUCAUUGUGAUCUCAUUGUUCGGGAACACUCUCGUGUGCCAUGUGGUGAUCAAAAACAAGCGCACCCUGUCCGCCACCAGCUUGUUUAUUAUGAACCUCGCUGUGGCCGAUAUCUUCAUCACUGUCCUCAAUACGCCAUUCACCCUGGUCCGGUUUGUGAACAGCACCUGGAUGUUUGGGAGGACAAUGUGUCACAUCAGUCGCUUUGUGCAGUACUGCUCCCUGCACGUCUCUACGCUCACCCUCACCGCCAUCGCACUGGACCGUCGGCAGGUGAUUUUGCAUCCUUUGAGACCUCGUAUUUCCCCGACACAAGGCGGUGUUUGGAUCGCUGUUAUAUGGGUCAUGGCCAGCUGCUUCUCCCUCCCUCAUGCAAUCUACCAAAAACUCCUGACUUUUACAUACAGUCAGGAAAAGGAGCGCAGUUUUUGUGUCCCAGACUUCCCAGAGCCAUCAGAUGUCUACUGGCAGUAUAUUGACCUCCUGACCUUCAUAUUACUUUACAUGCUGCCACUUCUCAUAAUCACCGCCUCCUACACCACAGUGGCCUGCCGGCUGUGGCGCCACAACACCAUCGGUGACACCACAACAGCUCAACCCGCCACCCAGAGAAGAAAGCGGCGGCGGACAUUGGCCAUGUUGCUGCUGGUGGUCGGGGUGUUUGCCGUCUGCUGGUUCCCCCUCAACUGCUAUGUGGUGCUGCUGUCCAGCCAGGCCAUCCACUCCUCUAACGCCCUGUACUUCUGCUUUCACUGGCUGGCUAUGAGCUCGACCUGCUACAACCCUUUCAUCUACUGCUGUCUGAAUCCCGCAUUCCGCAAGGAGUUGAGCCUCCUUUUCGACAUGUGCAGAAAGAAACGGAGGGCGGUGGUGGGGUUGGAGCCAGCGCUCCGCCCCGUAGCUGCUCCUUGUCACAGGACUGCCUGGCCCGAAAACCAAGAGUUGCUGAGGCCAAGGCAUGGUUUGUCACACACGGGCCAUGCCUCCUCGCAGCAGAGUCAUACCUCCUCCAGUCAAUCCCACCACCUUAAAGAUACACAUGUGCUCUUCACAGCCAGGCCGGUCCCUACAAGUAAAAUUGACAUCCUCUCAGUGGAGCCUAUCGUUGCUGUGAGCUGA